AUGGCGUUCCUUCCUCCUUCCUCUCGGAGCUGGGCGUCCCGUGAACUCGUUGACCACAGGGGAGGGGAGGUGGCGGCGGGUCAUGGGUUCAAGUCCCAGGUAGGGGGAAGGGUGGCCACGCAGGCAAGCAGCUCAGAGGGGGAAGGAAGGGGAGGGAGAGCGCACUCACCCAUUCAGAACGUGUCCCUCCCCUCCCCCAGCAUCACCGAGACUGAGCUGCAACUGUGUCAAAGAAGACUCAUGUUCAGUUUUAGAGUCUGCGGUGACUCUGGAGGAUCUGUGCUGAAGGUUUUAGACCAGAUUCAGACUCAGUUUCUUUGA